GUCGCUGCACAACCACCACUCCCUUUUCGUCGACAGUCGCCGUCCCUCCAAGCCUUCUAUUCACUUCCCCCCGCCGGGGAGCGGUGACCCACCCCACCCCGCUCGUCCACAUACAGCUCCGUGCUCUACAAUCCUCCCCCGCCUCCCCCGCCCCCGCCGUCCAAGACCGUAGAGUAAGAGUCCGAUGAGCUGGUUGCCUCCCCCGACUCCGUAAUCAAUGCCUCGGAGCUCAUGGAUCGCCUCGACGACGACAAUGACAAUGGCGGUGUUGAUUUUAAUUUGGGAAAAUCCCAGCCACCGAGGAGGAGUUCAUUCCCAAAUGAUGACUGGUUCGAGGAAUUAGGGAUUCUGGACCAACCGGCGAAAAAAUUGGGUUCUCCAUCGAAGGCGUUCUGGAAGCUUUUAUUGGAGGAAUGGUUUAUGAUGAAAUUGGGUUCGCAUUCAAUACAUUCCAACCCAAAAUCUAGCUGCUCCCCUCAACCAGUCUCCGCCGUCGACAAUAGCGACGACAACGGGGGAGGCGGCGAGAUUAUGGUGUUCUUCACGAAGAUGAGCCCUAGAGAUUUGGACGUUGACGCCUGUAAUUCGCACGUCGGGACAUGUGCUUACAUGAGCUUCGACAGAUUUUAUCUUGAUUCGCUCUUGUUGCCCGGUUAGAGGCUGAACUGGUCGAGUUUGAUGUGUCGGCCUAUGGUGGAGGUUCGCUUGGGCGGCGGCUUCUUGGUUGUCGUCUGUAGACUGUAGCUACUGGUCCGCCGCGGUCCGUGGGAGCUAUCUGCAGGUUGGCGGCGCCGGUGGGAGUAGGGUGACCGGUGGUGGCGAAAGAGAGGUCGAGGAGAGAAGGGUAUCGACGGGGAGGAGGACGGCGGGGAUAGAAAAUAAUUUAUUUUUACUUUUUUAAUAGUUGUAAAAAUGAUGUGGAAAUUGUGAGAAUUUAAAUUUUAUUUUUUAUUUAUUUUUUAGUUGCCACAUUAUUCAUUUAACGGUCAAUUAUCAGAGUUGACUGCCACAUCAGGUAAACUUAACGGAUACUAACGGAGGGUGACCAAACGUGAAACAUUUACCACUUUUAGUGACUACGAAUGGAAUAAAACACUUUUAAUGAC